CGUGUGUCGUGUUAUCGCCGUGCGUCUGUCGGGCUAUCACAACUGAUUGCGUUCAAUUAUCAAGAAGCUGAUAUCGACAACCAAAAGAUUUGCAUCCGUUUCCUCAAAGAAGGCUAGCCGAGAUGGGAAAUUGCUGUUGUUCUGCAAGGAAGCCGCUGCUCCAUGGAGCACCUGUAUUUUACUAUUAUUCGCCAUCGUCAGAGGAGCAUGAUUCUUUGACCUCAAAUGACAGUGCAGCUACGGGGUUCAUGGCUGAUUUGGACCUCGAUACCUCAAGUCCGGACACCUUUAGCCCUCCGCCCCCACCCAUUCCUUUUGACAUACUCUUGGGGUGCCCCCAAUCAUCAGAUGCUGAAGAUUCUAGGAAAAAUGAGCUUGAGCGUUUAAAAUCAAGCCGAGUUUCCCUCUCAUUAGCUGAAGAAGAGGAUGUUUGCCCUACCUGUCUUGAUGAGUACAACGCAGACCACCCAAGAAUAAAAACAAAAUGCAACCAUCAUUUCCACCUUUCGUGCAUCCUCGAGUGGAUGGAAAGAAGGGACACAUGCCCUAUAUGCAACCAGGAAAUGAUUUAUGAACCUCUGUGAUAUAUAGCAGUUGUCAUGCUGUUAAGUAGAUUCUUUUUAUUAUAUAUUUCCAGCUUUGGUGGUUUGCUGUAUGCACCCCUGGGAAAUUCUUCUCAUCCUUGCCAUAAUCUUGUUGUAUAGGUCUCUUCUUCUUUUCUUUUUUGUAAUUUUUCUGUAAAUAAUUUUAAGAGACUCAU